AUGGAACUGUCUACUAAAGAAGUUGAAGGGGCUCAAAUUUGGAGACCUCAGAUGCAUGCUCAUGGUAAGGACAUUCAUUCAAAGGAUUCGGUCGUUGACAAUCUCAACAUCACAAUUGGCUUGGCUAAGGUGUCCAUUCUUCCCCCUAACUUGUGCAUUUUAGAGGAUCUAGACGAUGAUGCUCUUGCACGGAAUGUUGUUCAACUUAUGACCGCAACUAGGGGCAAGGAUGUGAAGGAAACCCUAACUUCAAGGUCUCUAGAUUUCUUGAAAGCCUUUGACAAAAUUACUUGGCUCCAGGAUGAAACAAUAGAGAAAUCGAAGAAAGCGGCUCGCGACAUGGCUACUUUGGGGAAAGGGCUCAACUCCUCUCUUAAAUUCAAUCUGGAAGCCCUUCUAUCCUCGAUUAAGAUUGUUAUGGACGAAGCCUAUGACAAGGGUUUUGAGAAGGCAAAGAGUGCUACGAUAGAGCAGGGUUUUUACUUCAAGAAGGGGUGGGAUGCUGCCUUGAAGGAGGCCAAGAUUCCUUCUAAUUUUGGACUCUUUUCUAUGCACAUUGUGACUGUUCCUUCUUCUUUGGGUAUGAUUCCUCCUUCGACUAAGGUUCCUUCAGUUGAUACUUAUGGCCCUACUUUUCUUCUUGUUAAUGAUUAG